AUGUCUUUUUUCGAGAGGACGCUCAGCUUCGCAUCGUCGCUGUCAUCGUCGCCUCCGUCGCAGCCUUCGUCUGGCACGAUGUGUCGGCGGCAGGAUACGGACGCACACUAUCUUACAAGAGCGAAGCUACAGCGUCUCCUUGAGAACAAGUUCCCUAACCAUCCUGGCAAGGAUUUCCACAUUCGGCUCUUCCAGAACGUCUGGUCGUUCGAUGCCCCUGAAGAAGUAACGCAGGCCGAACUUCAGUAA